AAACGCGCAAAAACAAAAAUAAAAUAUCUUCUGCUUCUUCCUUGCCAUGGGCGCUUAAGCAUAUACUCCGAGAAUAAACCGUCUCAUUCCAAUUCGCGAUCUUCAUUCUCGGUCUAAUGGAGAUCGCCAAGGCAAAUGGCGGCUGCGAAGCGGAUCGGAGACGUCUUCUCCGGUUGAAAUGCUCCGUAAAGGACUACGCCUGGGGCACGAUCGGAUCGGAUUCACUCGUUUACAGAGUCUACACGGCGAAUUCCGACGACCAGAUCGAUUCGACCCGUCCUUACGCGGAGCUUUGGAUGGGAACUCACGAGUCCGGUCCGAGUUACUUGGAGGUUGAGGAUGAUGGCUCAAGUGGCGUGACGCUUAGAUCGUGGAUUGUCGAAAACCCUGAGUGUCUUGGAGAUAGGGUUUUGGAGAAAUGGGGUUGCGAUCUCCCCUUUCUCUUCAAGGUGUUGUCGGUGGCGAGGCCCUUGUCGAUUCAAGCACAUCCUGAUAAGGUUUUGGCGAAGAAAAUGCAUAAAGCUCAUCCCAAUCUUUAUAAAGACGACAAUCACAAACCUGAGAUGGCAUUGGCUUAUACUCAAUUCGAAGCUCUUUGCGGUUUUGUUCCUCUUCAGGAGCUUAAGAGUGUCAUUCGUGCUAUUCCGGAGAUUGAAGAACUUGUUGGGAGCGAAGAAACAAACCAAGUCUUCUGCAUCAGUGAACAUGAUGAUGAGAAAGUUAAAUCUGUUGUCCGAACUAUCUUCACCCUGCUAAUGUCUGCAGGCCCUGACACGACAAAGCAGAUCGUAUUCAAACUAAAACGCCGUCUGCAUUUGGAGAGUCAGGAACGACAUCUGACAGACAAGGAACGGCUAGUGUUGAAGCUAGAGAAGCAAUAUCCAAAUGAUAUUGGGGUCAUAUCUGCAUUCUUCUUCAACUACGUGAAGCUCAAUCCUGGUGAAGCCUUGUACCUCGGUGCAAACGAGCCUCAUGCAUACUUAUUCGGUGAGUGCAUUGAGGUCAUGGCGACUUCAGACAAUGUAGUACGAGCUGGCCUCACUUCCAAGCCUCUUGAUAUUCAAUCACUUUGUUCCAUGCUCACAUAUAAACUGGGCUUUCCUGAAAUACUAAAGGGAUCAAAGAUUAGACCAUACAUCACGAGAUACCUCCCGCCUUUUGACGAGUUUGAAGUUGAUGUCUGUGAUCUUCCCUGUGGAGCCUCGACGGUGUUUCCCUCUGUACCAGGUCCCUCUCUUCUGCUUGUACUCCAUGGUGAAGGAAGAAUGUCUACAGACGGUUCUGCUGAUGAGGUUUCAAUGGGAGAUGUUCUGUUUGUGCCUGCAGAUACUGAGAUCCACUUGAAGUCUUCUUCUGACUUGAAGCUGUACAGAGCAGGAGUGAACAAUAGGUUUUUGUAUUCUCUAUAGUUUGAACUACACACAACACAAGCUUUUCUCCAUUUACUGUAUGAUUGAAUCAAACCGUGUCAACGCACUUUUGUGACAAUAAAUUAUAAAUUCGAUUUGA